UUUUCAUAGAUCUGUCUAAAAUACUUUUCUACUCUCUGAACUUUUAUAGUGUAACGUAUUUUCCCCAGUACCGGUUUGUUCUUCAUAAAAUUGCUACUAGUUUAGCUGGUGAAUAUGUUUGGUGGUAGAACCAAGUGCCUAUUCUUGGCAAAAAAUUAUUUGUGCUCUCACCGCAGCCCGAUAAGAUGCCAUCUCCAAUUGCAGCGCAACUUUAGGGUGGCCGUUAUUGGUGCCUCCGGCGGCAUUGGCCAGCCGCUGUCGCUGCUAAUGAUGAAAGACCACCGGAUCAAGGACCUCAGGCUGCACGACGUCCAGGGCGUGAAAGGUGUGGCCGCCGACCUGUCACACGUGUCCGCGCCGGCCUCUGUGCGGGGCAUGCAGGGACCCGAGGAGAUCGAGAAGGCUGUGGAGUGCUGCGACGUGGUAGUGAUUACGGCCGGCCUGGCCCGCAAGCCAGGCAUGACCCGCGAACAGCUAUUCGAGGUGAAUGGAAACAUUGUCAUGGCUACGGUGACUGCGAUUGCCAAAAAGUCACCCGGAGCCAUGGUCGUGAUCGUCACGAACCCCGUCAAUGCAAUAGUCCCGAUGGCCGCCGAAGUUCUCAGACAGCAUAAGGUCUACGAUCCGAAGCGAUUGUUCGGUGUCACCACACUGGAUUGCGUGCGCGCCGAGAGAUUCAUCGGCGACUAUCUGAAGAUCAGCCCCACCAAGGUGAAGAUACCAGUCAUUGGUGGACAUGCCGGUACAACGAUUUUACCCAUUAUGUCGCAGUGCCAGCCUCCUUUGAACGCCAGCCAGGAGUGCAUUGAAUCGAUGAUCAAGCGCAUCCAGAACGGUGGCGAGGAGAUCAUCAAGGCCAAGGAAGGCAAAGGAUCCGCCACCCUGUCCAUGGCCUUCGCCGCGCAUCGCUUCGUCGACGUUUUGCUCAAGGGCCUCAAGGGUGAGAAAACGCCCUUGGAGUGCGCCUACGUUGAGUCGAACGUGACCGACGCCUGCUUCUUCGCAACGCCUCUCAGCUUCAACAAGAACGGCAUCGCCAAGAACCACGGACUGCCCUGCCUCGACAAGUCCGAAAAGGAGGCCCUCAAAUCGGCUGUGAAGCAGCUCCAGCAGUCGAUAGAGCUGGGCAUUAAUCACGUGAAGUGUAAAAAGUAAAAUCAAUUUUAAAUAGAUUAGCAUUAUAA